UUCACGUAGGUCGAUCGAUCUUGCGACCCAUCGCACUUCUUUUGGAAAAAACGUAAUCGGCCGAGAUGUUCCGAAAGAACCUUUCCGAAAAUAAGUAGUUGGAAAAAAAAACCCACCUCUUUAAAAUACAUUUGUAGUAUAAAAUGUUAUGUUAUAUACUAUUACACUACUAUGUGUUUUAAAAUGAAAUUAUUAAGUAUUUGUGAAUUUUCACGUAAAAUCUCGUUGCUUUUUAGGUCACAGAAAUGGCGGACAAGUUUGGACGAAUGUUUGGGUAGUAACAAUGAUGCUACCGUUGGAAUUUUGUCUUUCUUGGAUACUUUAUUGGAUUUACCGCUAAAUAAUGCAUAAGAUGUGACAAUUAUGGUGAAAAAGAAGACAAAAUCUUCAAAAACGCCAAAGAAACGAGGUGAAAAGUGGCUUGCUGAAGAUGUGAAAGUUCACACUGCAUUACCCCCUCAAGUUGAUGGACAGCUGCGAUGUUUCUGCAAGGUUACAGUGGGCCAGAUUCUGUGGUUGACUACCCUGUCUCCAGAUCUAACCCUUGUUCGGAUUAAGUGGUGGGGGGAACAUGGAGAGGGAUCCAUUUUCAAGCCUCUUGAUGUCAAGAAAGGAGAGAAGGGUCCAUCUCGGACGACGGCACGCUAUCCUGUGCGGUCGGGGCCACGCCAGUUUGCUGCUUACCUCGACGAUAUGGGCAGCAUGUGUAUCGACGUGCUCAGUGGACCAAUGUCCGUGCCUAUUGGUCAAGCCCAGGUCACUGAGAUAGGUCUGCUGUCUAACAACAGGCCCAUCAACGGAUUUUUCCCUGUUUUCUCCAAUGAAGAGGAGAAAAUAGCUGAAAUUCAUGUGUCAGUGAUGCUGGAACCGCUGAUGGCUUCCUAUGACAGUAUGGGCUCGAUUCCGACAACCGAUGUCAGCAUAGAGACAUUUACAACCCAGGAUUCUGCAUACCCACAGCGCGUCCUGCCAACACCGCAUCACCAGCAGCCAGUUCGUCCCGAACAAGACCCUUUUAUCUCACCAGCUUCACACCAGGCUGAUGACAACCGAUCCAAAACUGCACCGUAUGGUGAAGACUUGCGACAGAGGUUGCGAUACGAUGCUGACCAUCAGGACAAGGGGGUGCCUGUGCUUAAUGCGGGUAGCAUGGUGUCCAUCACAGCAAAUGGCGAUGUUGUCACUACCCAUGCUGCAAGUGACGAUGUUGUGUCGUUGCCAAAAUCGAAUGGAGUCUCAGUGCCAUACACGAAGUCUCAGCACAACGUAGUCCCAGGGGAACAUUCGAGUAGUUCACGACAGAGUCAGCCAAUACUCCCGAGAGAAGAUUUGUUAUCAGUCCUGCUUGACAAAGGCAAAAAACUGCGAGAUGCGAUGGUCAUAUCAACGCUUCACAACGCAAAUGACUUUGAAAAACUCAAAGACAUCAAAGCUCAGGAGAUUAAGGUUCCCAUGGACUUCACCUCAAGUGUCUCUAAAGAUCUCAGGAGCUCCAAUGGCAGUUUGUUUAAAGAGAUUCUCCACGAAGAACCCCGAGUUCCAUCUGCUGGCAUGUCACAAGAGUUCUCCAUGGACCUGGAUACAAACACUGUUGGCCUAGCUGUUGGCUCCCCUAUACAUGCUAACGAUUUUAAGAAUUUGAAAAUGGUGAAUGGACUCAGCCCAGGGACGAGUUUGUCGAGUGUUGAUGACAUAUUCAGUGAACUUGAGGAUCCCAUUCAGGAAGAGUCCAUUCUAAAUGAACUCUUCUACAACAGAUCGAACAGUGAACAGAGUGGACUUAGUGAUUGCAGUGAGGAUGAAAGGUCAAGGCUGAAUACAAGCAUUGGAUCACUUGAACACCCUGGAAAUGCUCGGCCACCUUCCAGACAUUCAUCAAUGUCAAGCCUUAACGUGCCUUUCCCAGAACCAGAGAAAAAGAAAAAGAAAAGUGAAAAAAGUGCCAAAAAGACAAGACCUUAUGAUAAACCAUGGCGAAGGAAAAUGAAACGACCUCGAAGUAGGUCACGGUCAAGGUCACGUUCCCGAUUAAAGUCGAAAUCAUCGAGUCGCACAAGCAGUGCCAGUGAACUGAGUGAUGGUGAAAUGACUUCCCGUUCAGAGACGUCACGCGUGUCAUUUGACAUGACACCUUCCGACGUGGACGAGCCUGUACACGACACAUCACAGUCCAAGUUGGUUGAUGGUCUCAGUGUGGAGCGACUGACAUUACUGGGUCGCGUUCAUGUUGCCAGGGUUACCGUUGACUCGCUAGAUCUAUUACAGAAAGAUCUGGAUACGUCUCGUAAUAGUCGGAAAUCGGACAAAGUUAAACCUGGCCGACCACCGAGACCUGCCCCCAAAACCAAAAAAUCAAGUACCUAUUUCCUGGAAUACCAGUUUCCUGUUGUGGCCACCUCGAGAGAUAAAUACUCGCCUAACACGAUGGCAACAGAGGUGAUGAGAGUUGCAUCAAAGAAUGUUAAGAAUGGAGUUGUAUCAUUUAACCAUCGAUCAGUGUUUCCGAUCAUGUUUGAUGGCUCGUCAAUUGAAAAAUGGUGGAAAUCGGCUCUCGUCUUUAAAAUCUUCUCUAGAGAACCUGGCCAGAAAAUUCCUUCCCCUGUUGGAAGUUGCGGUGUGCCACUCAAAUCUAUCUUAAAGUCUGAGAGUUUGUGUGUGAACCGAGACAUUGAGGUGAGAGAAGGCAACCGAAACACUUCACUGAGUGGAUCAUUCAAGGCAAAUCGAAAUGGACUGUUUGGAUACUUAAAGUUGACAGUGGAGCUGGCAUCUGAUCACAAGGAGUUUGCCACAGCCAUGGCCAAGACAAAACUAGCUGAGCUCACUGGUAAGGUAAAGAUAGUGCCUGUAGUAGCACCACCACAACGCCCACCACCCCCACCGGCUCCUCGGACUGCCGCACUGCCACAAGCUGUAGGUCCUGUCUCCAGCGAGGUGACGUUUCCACGAGGGAUAGAAGCCAACUCAGGACAAACCAAUCAGCAUGUUGGAAAUAACAUUAACAAUAAUCAUAUGGAAUCUGCUUUGACCUUGGGUCCUUUACCUUCAGCAGGAACUCAAACAGUGACAUCCUGUGUUAAUACCAUGGGUGUGCAAAACAAUUUCAACCAAUCGGCUAAUCCCAUUCAGCACAGUCAGAUGUCAGUGAAUCACAUACAACGUAUUUCACCGGUACAGUCUGUACAGCAGUUCCCAUCAUCACAGCCCAACAUCUUCCAAUCACAAACAGAGGCACUGACGCUGCACCUGUUGUUGAUGAUACCAGAAGGUCGUAACAUCGGCCAGAACGGCGUACCACCUCUACACCUCGUCCACAAGAGACCCAUGCUGCUACAACACCAGCCUCACAUGAACGCCUUACCCGGUGUUGGUGUUCGAGAUGUAUCAACUCGCAAUAUUUACCUUGUGUGUCGAAUGUUUUGGUGUAAUGAUGAAAUUCGCUCUAGUGUGUGCUGGGGCACCCCUCAACCGGAAUUUAACUUCACACAGGUUGUUCCUGUUCUGAUAACACCCUCAUUAAUGGAGAGAAUGAGGAACAAUUUCAUGGUGAUUGAAGUCUGGGACAAAAAGACAACAGCAGAAGCUGAUACGCUUGUUGGAAUGGUCAAGUUGAGUUUACACCAAUUUUACCUGUCAUUCAAGGAUGUAAAGAUUGCUACAGCAUUACUCAAGUCUCAGUUUCCAGUGAUCGGUACUGACAACUUUCUUGCUGUUACAAAUCCGUUCACCAGUUUUCAGUUUGGCCAACUGAGAAUACUGCUCGCCAUGGGGUCUGCAGAACAGGUUGCAAGUUUACAGAGAUUAAAACUCAAUGGAGAUGCCAUCAGUUCUCCUGAACGACCAAGUAACUUCCUUGAAAGACAAGACAUCUGUUCAAGCAUUGGAGACAGACAGCAGAAUGCCAGUUCAUCAGUGGAACAUGUGUUUGAAGUGGUGAUUGAGGAAAUUCGAGGUCUACAAUUGUUUGAGAACAUGAUUUGGGGUGAAGCCGACGCCUUUGUACAGUAUCACUUUCCUACUGCAGGACAACAGAACGAUGUUAAGCAUGUGGUGCCGACAAUGAGAUCCUACAGGACUGCGACCACUCUAUGUAUUCCCGAUCUAACGUUCCAUGACGUGACUCGACAUCGGAUUGUCCUGCCACAGGGAACACCAGUCCAAAGAGAACUUCUUACUGCAUGUUCUAACUCGGGAGGUGGAAUCGGUGGUCUUCCAUUUGAAGUCUGGUGUCGACACUAUCAUCCGAAUGUCCGAGAUCAAGUCAUCGCAAAGGCGACUCUUCCUCUAGCCAAGUUAUGUGCGAUGGUUACCAUGCAGAAACGAGGGGAGCCGUCCACUCAGGCGUUCUCGCUGCCUUUGUCCCAGGUUGCCAUGGAGAAAGACAGGGAUACAGAAGUAUCUACAAAGGUGAAGGAUUCUGGUUUGGUAGACAUCACCAUCCACUACAAGACAAAUAUUGUCCAUAACGAACCCAAUGUAAAGUCUGUCUCAGCCAGUUUGAACAGUUCUCAUGUGUGUAUCUCUGUUGGUGUCAUACGAGCUUCUGGACUCAAGACUGCAGCAGAGAAUAUUGCCCGACUGGACAGUGGAAUGCAGUACCCAGCUGAAGUGGGAGUCAAUGCUUACGUCUCUAUUAGACUCUCCUUUCUCUCUAAGGAGGGAGAAAGACACACAAAAACAAUUGCUCGCACGUUUGCACCAGAGUUUUCUUACUACAUGGAUUUUCCCUGUCCUUUGCUAUGGACAGACACACAAACGGAUGGACAAAGUUUAGCUGAGAUACUGCAGUCGGCUGAAGCUACGUUCGAACUCUGGCAUCAAAUCCCAGGAACUCUGGCAGGUCCAGUAGGUCAGUAUGUGGCGACCGGGUCGGAAGAAGUCGCGGGGCGGAGUCUAAUUCAGAAAACUGGAGACGUGUUACUGGGAACGUCGACCGUUCUGCUAGCCAGACUUCUCACUCACAGAACAGGCAUUCUUGGCUGGUUUCCACUCAAACUGCCUCCACUAGGCUGGACCCGAUCAGCAACCGAAGACAACCCAGCAGAAGAAGACCCAGGUGACAAGGGGUUAGAUCGUCUGGGAGGAGGUCUCGAACUGUCUGUCCGGUUCGCACACCACGAGGAUCGCGAUCGAGUCGUCCACAGUGCCAGGAGCGUCGGCUGGUCCCCGGGUGACCUUGACAUUCAAGAAGAAGGAUGGCAUGAUACUGAUGAGUCGAGUGAAGAAGGUCAACAGGUGACUGUCCAAGUUGACCGAGUCUGUUUCCCGUUACAAAACGCGAUCCGUGUAGGCCAAACCUCGCUCGAUAAGACUGCACGGUGCUACGUCAGAUAUAAGUUUUACGACAAGACGGCAGUGAUCUCGAAAUCUCGUCGUCUCCGACCAAACGAUGCCAACUAUGUGGUAACAGGGAUGAAACACAAACACAAAACUGUGGUGCAGACAUCGUCUCCAUAUCAGUGGUAUCUGAGAGAGGAGCGUCUGGAGGUUCAGGUUUGGGUCAGCUACGGGUCACGACGAGACAAAGAUCAGAGGUCAGGUCAUCGGGACAAACUGAUUGGUUCGGCAUUCAUUGAUCUCGACAGUUUGUGCGAUUCUCAUAAACAUCUACACAGAAUCAGUGGGAUGUAUCCGCUGUUUAAGCCUGGUGCAGCCAGUCUUGGUGGAGGAUAUGUCCGAGCUCACGUCAGUACUGAAGCCUUGCAGAGACUCAGAGAUAAGACGUCCGACAGUGAGGUGGUGCCAACCAGUGAGGUGUCUAGUUUCGACAUCGACACAGACUGUAACACUGACGACAGUUUUCACCAUCUCACAACCACAACGAACUGCUCAUCACGCAGGAAGCCUGUCGGUCCAGAACCGGACCACGGACAGACGUUUCCGGUUCACAUCCACAUUGAACGAGCGAUGCAUCUUCCUUUUGUUACUGAUAAUAACAGGUCUAAAGAGUUUUGUCCCACUACGUAUGUGACGUUCCAGUCUGCAGAAUCCUCCACCAUGAUGUACACCCCUGUAUUUCCCGACUCGGUCUGCCCCUCCUGGGAUUAUCACGUGGACACCCGUCUUAGUACAGAGCUUCUGCAUGCAGAGAGUAAGAACUUGGUGUUCAAAGUGUGGCACAAGUCAACAGAUUCAAGGAAAAGUCCAGAUAAAUCAAGUGAUCGAGUUUUGGGAUUUGUGUCUGUUGACUUAUCUCCCUUGACCUCAGGUCUGCAGUGCAUCUGUGGCUGGUACAACAUUGUCAACUUUAACGGCCAGUGUAAAGGACAAAUCAAAGUAAACAUUGUUCCUCAAGAAUCACUUGGUACAUCCAAUACGGGUCUUCAUACUGAACAGUCGUUCCCAUCCAGAAUGCCAAGCUUCUAUGCACCUGGCCCGUUUGUGGCUCCUCGGUUGCCGAGCCAUCCAUCUCUUGACCUGUCUCACUUCGAGCCACGCGCGACCUCAAUUCAUCACAACACUGACCCAACAACCAGACGUGAAGAUGGCACACACUGGCAUCCUACAUUCCCUGUAUUACCCGUAGACGAUUCGUCUUCCAAAUCCUACCUCUUCUCUUCUCUCAGGAAAAACCUACAAGACUUGGACAUUCUAACAGAGAGUUUGAAACAGAAGUUGACAACGACAGAGACAGUACAGAAUGAGUUACCUCGACAGUCAGGAGUCUCGAUGAAUGAGAGGCUCACUGGUUUAAGCACAAUUUCCUCCAGGGGGCAGCACGAUGGAGUGUUACACACUAACAGUUCAGCUGUCACUCUGUCUCGCUCUCAGGGAGAAUCCAUUCGGACUGGAGGGGACUCGGGGGCAUUCUCAGGGGAAAAUUCUUACGACAAGGUGCACGAAAGCACAGAAUCGCAGGCUCAAGACAGUCACAGAAGUAGUGGUCAUGACAACCAUAUUGCCGAACAGGUGUUGAGCCAGAGUGAGCAUCUCACCAACAUGUGUGCCGGAGAACCUGCUACUCUGGAUAGUCAGAGAAGUGAUGAACUGACGAGAAAUGAUAGAAAUAACGUGUCUCCAGAUUCUGGGUAUAGGAACGGAAACUUCAGCAUGAGCACACCGAGAGAUUUCCAGAGUAACCCGGCGAGCGGGGCCGUGCUUCAGGACUUCACCAACACGCUGAGCACCCUUGAGGACACCACGGGAAACAGCUCGGCCACCGCACACGGCAGUCUGAAAACACCGAGAGACUUCUCCGUGGACCAUGAACUCAGUCAGGGAUUUGUCCCCGGUCAGAUGGGCUGUCGAGAUGUCACUACGGAGGUGGCAGAGCGAGAGUUGGGCAGUCGGGAGAGAGUUAGCGGAGACAGAACUGCUGUCCAGACUGAGGCUGUUUCGGAAGGCUUUGAGAGCAAUUCUGAUGAAGAGGAGGAUAAGUAUGGAAGCUAUCGUCAAUACAAAGACAUGCUGGAGAGCGAUGUGCACGGUGUGGAUGUAGACGCUGAUGAUGAAGCGGAGGAAAUCCAGAUGAUCGAGCCGAGGACGUUAAACAGUGUAUCGGCCAUGCUGUCCAGCGAACAUCGUGUUGAGGUGCGUGAUGCUGAUGAUGACGGGAUCGGUGGCUUCCAGCAGUGGGAGGAAUCAACGACAGGUCAUCACAGACAGAGACCAGAGAGGUUCGAUAUGACCGCUUGGUCGAGGCAGGUCCACAGUGACGAAUCUGAUUCAGAGGUCGAGGCACGACCUGUGGGAGGUCAGACUGAGGUAACCGUGUUGUCAAGGCAGGUCCACAGUGACGAGUCUGAUUCGGAGGUCGAGGCACGACCUGUGGGAGGUCAGACCGAAGUGACUGCUCAGUCGAGACAGGUUCGUGGUGAUGGAUCCGAUUCAGAGGAUGGAGCUCCACCUGUGGAAGGUCCGACUCGACUACGAGAUCCUCGACCACAAACGAUGGUCGACAGCUGGCUGUCUGAGAAUGGGGAGAUUGUCGGGACGUCACAGGGCGAGUGUGGAGAGCGGCUAGACUCCAGGAGUAGAGACCAGCAGCCCAGCCGCACCAGACGUCUGCUGUCAAAUGUGGAGCUCAUAGACACACUCACUUCAACACUGAGUUUACGUCACGGACAGUCGGAAGUAAAUAAACAGCAAGCUGAAUGUCUCUUGAUGGAGGCUGAUUUGGAUUGUGUUACGUCGAGAAAAAACUCAAGUCAGCUGAGCUCGGAAAACAGUUUGAGAAACAAUUAUCAGUUGAUGAACUCUGAGAACAGUAGGUAUUCUCGACAGUCUUUAACCAUGAAUGGUGAAAAUCCUGCAGACUUCGAACCCCAUACCCAGCAGACUGUUAUUUCAGAUUCAAGACAGAAUAUGAAAUCUUGCUCAGUCCAGCCGGUUGGCAAGACGGACAUGUAUAAAGACGGUGGGCCCGAGACGAUGGUCAAGUUAUUGGAAAAUGACUUGAUAUCCCCGACGAGCAGCGCUCACAGCGGGCCGCACUUGGUGAACUUUGUGACCGAGUCGAGAAGCCACUCCCAGAGUGACACACACACAGACAGAGUCACGGAAGACAGUGGGGUGGAGAGCGGCACCAAGUCAUCGCAGGACGAUAAAGACGUCUCCUACUCCUCGGACAUGACCCAUGCUCCAUUCAAUAAACUGCCAGACUUCUUCCUGCCCACGGAAAACAUGCAGGCCUGUAUGAGAGCUCUUCAGGUGGCAAUAACUCUUCCCAGCUCUUACGCCAAUGUUCCUACACAGCAGGUGGACAAGAGAUCUCUAAAUAAGGUGAAGACAGCAUCAGAACUGAAGGAAAAGAUUACCACGGAAACGAAGGCGAGGUUUGCAGCUAUUUCUGCCAAACACCGCCCACUACCUACAGCAGAAGAGGCGAAGAGAAUCGCAAAAAUCUUCUCCGCCAAACUAUCAUGACAUUGUUGUGUUGACUGGAUCUUGGACAUUUGUGUGUUGUUGGCUUUAAAUUAUAGAUCUGGAAGAGUGUAUAUUGCAGGCACUUCCAGGUCAUCCUCAGGUUAGGAUGAGUUCGGAUGUCAAUGUCUGAAAGAAUAUUUAACAAAACGAACAUUGUCAGUGUUUUUGAUACAUACAUUUACAAGGUUGGGGUUUUUUUUUCUUCUUUUUAAAAUGUUAGUUUUUUUAAUGAUAUUCUUCUACUGCAUCGGUUAUUAGGUUGAGUAUGUUAGUGCAGAUGCUGAGAUAAAACCAGAUUUGUCAUCACUACAUAUAAAUUAAGAGUUGUAAUUCCAAGAUCAUUGGCAUCUUCAGGAGACAGAACAAUUAGACUGGUACGAUCGUCUACUAUCAUAUUACAGUCAUCUAACGUUGGGCACAAAAACCAGUCUAGCAUGCAAAUGCCAUCACUCACUCACCUGACGUGCCUCAGGUGACACGGUUUCCAAGUGUUUUAAACUGUAAAUUAUUAUUUGGUCAGGUGGUGUUUAUGGAUCUCACACAAGAUGGCUAUUUUACUAUUUGUCUUCCAAUGAUGAUCAUCGGCACAUCAUGGGAAAAGUGAUACACCACUUACUGAUGACAAAUACUUUUAUGGAGACUAGGGACCUAGUUCACUAAACUCACAACUUUGCGAUCUCGCAGUGCAAUGCUAAAAGACUUGCAAAGAGGAUGCUUUGUUGUCUAGCAGAGCCUAAGAUAGCUUUGUGAAUUAGGCCCCAGGAUGGACAGUCGGAGAACAGUUACAAGUACGUUUACAUUCGCCGUACACCAAGAUAUAACUUUACUUUGUAACAAAUAUAGUCUUCCGGGCCUUAUCGUAUUCAUAUGUUGAUCAAUGUGCCUUUGUUAGCUUAUUGUUUUAAAUUCAUAAAUAAUAAGAAAAGGAGACAUCAACAAGAAAUUAACGAGCAUCAUCAGUCUUUAUAUAUCUGUCGAAUAGCCAACGGGUAAAACAAAACUGUCAGCGUUACACCUCCAUUAUGUUAAUUUAUGAUAAUUUGUUUCUUGAGACAAAACAUAUUCCAAGGACCAUGACAUCUGUAAUUGCUGUGUGUUACAUGUGUGUGCUUGACCUCUAGUUAAAGAAUCUGUACAUAAUGUAUAUUUUUAUAUUUGUAGAUUGGCUCUAUUUUUGUACGAAUAACACCACUGAUGUACUAGAAUUGAUCAGGAAAUGUAUAAUAGUUUUUUGUUAGCUUCUUAUGGUAUCAACAGGUUGUUUAAAAAGUAUGCUGUGAGAAAUGAAAAAUGUUUUUGCUGUAGAAAUAGAAUCGACAGGUACAUGUGUUUUGCAAAACAAAACCCAAGUAUUUACUUAACUGAACAACCAAAUAUUUAAUACUUUUUUAUAAUGUCAAAUAUUAUUUUGAAUUUUCUUCUAUAGUAAAUAAUACUUAGAAUUUUCACUUUGUUAUACAUUUCUCUUGUGCUCACAUUUUUUUACCGAGCUUCCCUCAUUAAGUGCUAAUAAAUUACUUAGUGGCCUUAGAUCUGAUAUGCAGAAUAUCUGUAGAAGCUUAAAUUACAAUUUUAGACCGUUUAUACUUAUUACUGAUCACAUGUAUGAUGUAGAUAGUAGACCAUUUGUUUCAUUGCCUGUUUAUGAAUGUGGUAAUCAAGUUAAUUAUUUUUUAAGUUUUUUUGUAAAAUGUAUGCUCAAAAAAUAAUUAUAUAAUGUAUUUGUUUUAUUGAUGGAAAUGAAAACUGAGAUUUAUUCCAUUUUACAUAGUGAUUACUUUAUUUUGAGAGGUCUACCUGUGCUUACCUGUAAUUAGCACUACUGACAAUAGUGUGUUAGGUGUAGGUGGCUGUAGAUACAGACUACUCAUUCAGAUUAUAUUUACGAUUCAUCAUCAUCAUUUCAUCUUCAUACCCACAUCACUAUUUAUUGUCUCGAGACGUUAUUCGAUAUUACGAUCAUUAAAUAGCCUAGUAGUCAGGAAAUAGUUAUUAGUAGAAAAUACUCACCAUAGUCAGGUAUUUAUGUUCACUUUUGUGCAGUUGUAGUAAAUUAACCUUCUGUUAAAUACAGACUUAAUACCAGUUUUGAUUGUCUUCUUGUGAUUCUUCGAGCAUGAAAGUGGACAGUUAAACAGUUAAAAGUAGGGGUGUCACAAUACACUACCUCACAAUAUAACAUAUCACAGUACCUAACUCACGAUACAAUAUGUAUCACAAUACCCAACUCACAAUACAAUAUGUAUCACAAUACCCAACUCACAAUACAAUAUGUAUCACAAUACCCAACUCACAAUACAAUACGUAUCACAAUACCCAACUCACAAUACAAUAUGUAUCCCAAUACCUAACUCACAAUACAAUAUGUAUCACAAUACCCAAAUCACAAUACCCAACUCACAAUACCCAAAUCACAAUACCCAAAUCACAAUACCCAACUCACAAUACAAUACGUAUCACAAUACCCAACUCACAAUACAAUAUGUAUCACAAUACCUAACUCACAAUACACGAUUUACGAUGUUUUCCCCAUAAAACAAGUUGAAACUUACAUGAAAAUUAUUCAUAAAUAAGAAAUAAGUAUGAUAAAAGUGAAACAUUGAUUAAACACAGUUUUAUUGUAGAAAUUCCACAGCACAGACAUAUUGACAUAAGCAGGCACACACAUAUUCUCUGAACACUUCACUGUCUUUCCUUGAAGGUACUUGUCAAUACGUACAUCUCGGUACAAAUUGGUGUGGAUAAAUUGAUACGAAAAUUCAAACAGAAAUCGAUACAUGGUCAAAAUGCGAAUCAAUAUACAAGGAAGUGUAUCGUAUAUUAUAUCGUCGGCUGUAGUAUCAUGAUGCAUCGGUGUAUGAUGACACCCCUAGUUAAACAGUUACUGUUUACCCACUGACAAAUGGAAAUGAUGUUACUGUUACAUGUUACUAUGUAUCCCUUACUAAUGCACGCUAUUAUGCAAUAUUUAUAAUUGAAGAUAUAUAUAUAUAUAUAUAUAUAUAUAUAUAUAUAUACUGUCUUAGCUAAGAAUGAGUUAGUUCUAUGACUGGCGGACAAGUUAAGAGAUUAUACUUAACACUACAUCAAAUGAAAAAUGACAAGACACUUCAUUUAUAUUUACAGGGAACAUUUUGUUUUAAUAAUUUCAAUUAGCGACAAUGAUCAGUUGAAAAUUGAGUAGCAACUAUUAUAUAAGAGUUUAGAAUUGUGUAGUCAUCUAUGAAAUUUGCAUAGCAAAUUGCGACGCGAUACUGAAAAUAAUUUUGAUCUUUGUCCAGUUGAUCAGAAUUGAUAUUAAAGUAUAUUUUCCAUAUAACCAAUUAAUUACUAACAAGAAGGUGAGUAAUUUGCUUCGUAUCAUGUCUAAAGUGAAUAAUAACCGUGUGUAUUGGACAUGUAUUUAUUUUCCUGUUGAUGAGUUAGCAGGUGGCUGGUUGCACGAGUUACGCUUGUGUUCAGGUCAUCGUUAGUCAUGACAUUCCGUCCACUGUGAUAUAUUUAUACUUAUUAUAGUCAUUUUUUAAAUUGUUAUUGAGCUUUUCCUAUGUAUGCCAUGUGCCUUAGCUAAGAAAUGGGUUGUUGUCUACACUUAGUGGCGUAGUGUGGGCAGGGCCACCGGGGCAGUCACCUGGGUGCAAAAUUCUAGACUGGUGGAAGUGACUCUGGGAGUGCUAACGGCCCACUGGUUAGGGUGUGCAAUGCUUGCCAUGCCCUGGGCGCUAGCAACCCAUGCUACGUCACAGUCUACACUGUAUACGGUAUUAAAAGUUUAAACAAAAACUGACAUUGAAUAAUAAGCUUGAUGUGCCAUACAGACAAAUAACUUACUUUGUUCAGUAAAAAGCUUUAGAAAUUUUUCUACAGUUAUUAUCAUAAAUAUAAAGUUUGUUUUCUACAGCUAAGGCCAUGUUCCAUACAUUUUGUUAUUCAGUAUUCUACUUGCAUAUUGGAAAUAAUUAACAUAACAUUUAUAUAUAAAGUAUGCCUUGCUUAGUUUGUAUCACUUUUUCUUCCCAUUAGAUUUACCUAAUAACUUAAGAACUAUUAAUUUAUUGUAAUCUCUUUUUCCACCAUUAGUUUUACUUAAUAACGUAAUAUAAGAACUACAUGUAGUAGUUUAUUUAAUCUCCAUAGACAAUCAGUUAUAACUCAUGCUUUAAAUAACUGCUCAAACCUACACGUAGUUAGUUAUUUUGAUAUGUAACUAGGAAAUAUUUAGUACCAUGUCGAAAAAUUUCAACAAAUAGGAUUUUUUGACAGAUUAAAUAUCAUAUCAGGGUUCGUAGCCUUAAAGACCAAACAAAUUCAAAGACUUUUAACUGCCAUUUUCAAUGACUUACACAGCGGUCAAAGACAAUAGAAUGCUACAACAGUACCAAAUAAGUUUGUUUACAUUGCUGUCCAUGGCAAAAAAUUGAUCUUUUUUACAUGCAUCAUGACCGAUUAAACCUUGUAACCAGAAAAUAUCAAGUGCAUACAGCUAUAAUAGAUAUCAUCAUUGCUUUGGCUAUGAGUUACGAGAUUUUAAAGAUUUUUUAUUACAAUUCAAAGACUUUCAAAGAAUUUAAAGACCGCUACGAACCCUGUGAUAUGCAUAUGUAAUUUUUAAAGAAAAUUGCAAUUUUGUUGUGAAAAUGUUCUUCCGACAGCCACAGAGUUUGACCUAGCAGUAGCCUGGGAUGUUUUGACCACUAGAUAUUAAGGUUCUUAGUGGUUCAACACUAGAUAUUCUAUCCAGUUAUAUUCAUUUCAUCUGAUUUGUUCUAGUUAAAUAUUUAGUCAUUUAGUUAAUGUAAUAGUUGAUGAAUUCACUGAUGAAAUAUUUUACUCCAGUGGUCUUGUUAAUGUAAACUUUACUUCAUCAUUUAGAAUAAUUUAGCAAAAUCUGUUAGAAAAAAGAUAUCAUCCAUAUUGUAAACUUCUAUGAAUAAAAACCAUCCGAAAUCUAAUGCACAUUAAAGAAAAAUGGAUCUAAAACGGGCCUUGUGAUUUAAAUUUUAUGUGAAAACACUUUUUUGGUUUAGUGUCCUGUGAUCAGAACACGUUUUCAUAGUCGUGGUAAUGGUGAAUUAUGUUACAUGUAUGACAAUAUGCAGUUGACUACCGGUUCUGCGAUUUUGUUGAUACCUAACCAUCACGCUACUGUGGAGGCUUGUAAAAUAUUUGACACUUUAUUUCAAAACUGAUCCAUUAAAUUUUGAAAUUAUUUUACAUCCAAGGGUAGAAUUUAAUCUUUAAUUCUGCUGUCACCACAAACAGUUAUAGGUGGUUCAAGGCAAAGCGAAUCUUUUAAAAUCUACAAUAUUGUAUUUGAUGGUCUAAAAGAAUUCGAGUAAAGUGUUUAAAAAAAAAAAAGAAUAAUAAAAAAAUGUAUCUACUCUUAUGGGGUUUUUUACUAUCAAAACCGUUGUGCCUUGCUUCUGUGUUUCAGUUGUUACUGUGUUACUAUUUGUUGGCAAGCAUAAUGGAUACAGAAUGUGUAAAGGCUGUUUAUCAGUUUGAUAUUUUUAUAUAUUAAUAAUCCAUUGUUUUAACAAAACACAGGCUCUUGUAAAUUAGCUCAAAUUCACAAAAGGAACAUGCCUAUAUUAUGAAAGUAUUAAAAUUUGGAUGUAUUUUAGGGCUUAAUUUUUUAAAAAUAUAUGACAUUUUGGUCAGUUCUUGGAUUAUUGUGAAAUGUAUUUAAAAUAUUUAGUAAAAACAUCUGUUAAGAUCUGAAGUAGUUUUAUCUAUUACACUUCAAGUGUAUUUCGUUUUAGCUAUGAUUAUACGAUUAUCUGGAGUAGAUAAACUAGUGAACCUGUCCUAGUACAUUGUAGAUCAGUCUCAAACCACUCCUUGUGUAAAUCUCUUGUAAUGAACAAGUUGGACUAGUGUCUUAAUAAUACAUGCAUAUGUACACUGAUAUUUAUUUGUAUAUUUGAUACAAUAAAUUAAGCUCUCUA